CGUGGAGCGGCGCUCGCAGCAGCUCAGUGCAGCGGCGGCGGCCACGCGGGCCGUGCGUCCCCACCCGCGCCCGCCAUGCACGCCUUCGCGGCGCCGGUUGUGCUGCUGUGCUGGGCGGCGCUGUGCGCGGGCGAAGGCAAGGGCGAGGGCGAGGGCGGCAGCUUGCUGGUGACCAAGUGCUGCGACCAGUUCACCUACCUGGACCUCGCCAAGAAAGUGUGCCUUGAGAGCCCGGAAUCGCAAGAGGACGCAGCGACGCUGUUUGGGCCGCCCUUGUGGGCACCGGAGUGGCUGCGCGGGGAGCCCGACCUGCAGGUGAAGUACUACGGCAUCCCCUGGCACGAGCGAGAGCUGCCAGCGGCGUGGCUGGACGCGGAGGAGCCGCUGGGGCGCCGCCUGCUCGCCGUGGACGCUGACGCGCGCCGCUUCGUGUUGGAGCCCUUCGGCGGCGCCGUGGACGCGCGCUCGGUGGCCUACCAGCUGGUGUGCUUCGACGCGACGCGCGACCCGCGCCGCCCGUUCGUCGCCGCCACCUGGCUGCUGGGCGUGGCGCUGCGCAAGUGCUGCGCCAAGGGGGCGCUGCUGGACCGCGGCCUGCAGUGCUCCCCGCCGAGCGAGCCGUCCGCGGACCCCGAGUGGCCGGUGGACUUCCAUCAGCCGCUGAGCGCCCUCGCGUGGGCGCCCGCGCCGCUCCGCCGCGCCGUGCCGACGGCCGACGUCUACUACGACGUGAAGCGCGAGCUGCCGGGCGUGGAGGGCGCGGUCGUGGACGCAGACGACCCCGACGCCUGGGAGUUGCUGUUCCCGCGGCGGAGUGACGACUGGCUCCAGGCGGUUAGGGUGCGCGCAGGUGACGGGCCGGCGGGCGCCAGUAACGCGUACUGCUUCGACGCGACCGAGGCGGGCUCGGGGCUGCCGGCGCGCGUGCUGCUGGCGCGGGUGGCGCUCGUGAGCAAGUGCUGCCCGCGCGGCCAGCAGCUGGGCGCGCGCGAGAUGCAGUGCGUUGCGCGCCCGGGCAUGCAGACGGACGCGCGGCUCGCUGAGCAGCUGGCGCCCGGCGACCCGUCGGCCUACUGGCUGCCCCCGGCGCUGGCCGCCGGGAACCGGUCGCUGGCCGUGCGCUACCGCGUCGACUGGGGCGAGUGGUACGCGCGGCUCAUAUUCCCGGCCGAGAGCGCGCGGAUUGUGGGCUUCCCCGACCGCCCGGCCGCCGCGUGUGUGCGCCUGCGCCAAGCGUCCGGCCGCGAGCACGUGGCGUGCACCAGCGACUUCUGCUUCGACGCGCUGGCCGGCGGCGGGCCGGCGCCCAGGGUGCUCGCCGUCGACAGGUUCGAGCGCGCCUCCGUCAUCACCGUGACCAAGUGCUGCCACCAGGGCCAGAUGCUGCACGAAGAUCCGGACUCGCUCAUCCGCUGCCAGCAGGACCCCUGGGGCGACUGGACCCCCGAGAACUCCUCGCUGGCCGACGAGCUGUACGCCGAGCGCAUUUACAUGGCGCAGCCGCUCAUCGAGUGCCUGGACCAGGCGUUCACGCUGGUGGAGGAGCGGCCGGCGCGCGAGCUGGACAAGCUGCUGGGCUGGGCCUACGAGGGCCGCUUCCGAGUGCGCUUCUACUGCAAGGACCUCCUGCGCCGGCGCGACGGGGCGCCUCCCCAAGACGCCCUGGCCUUCUGCGAGCUGCCGUCCGACUCGGAUCUCUUCGAACAGGUGCGGCCGCUGCACGUUGUGGCGGCGGCGCUGCUGGCGGUGGCGGUGGUCGCCGUCGUGACCCAGCGCCCUCUACGCAGCACCACGCACGGGCGCGCGCUCGCCUGCCACGCCGCCUGCCUCAUGGCCUCCAACGCCCUGCAGGCCGCCUGGUUCUUCACGCACGUCAGACGCAAGGGCUGCGAUGGCUUCGGUGAGAUCAACUCGUAUCUUUUUGCAGCGUACGCCAUCUACUACUUCUUGAUGGCUGGCGCCUUCUGGUUGAACGUCAUCUCCGUCAACAUGGCACGAGGCUUCAGGCGCCCGCAGGGUGCGGUGGCGCGGGAGGGCGGCGGCGGCUGGCGGCGGCGGUGGCGGCGGCGGCUGGUGCUGCUGUACGCGUGGGGGCUGCCCGCUGUCUUAACCGCCGUCUGCAUCACCGCCCACCAGUACGAGAGAGAGGCCCAGCGACGUGGCUACGCCACGCCCACCUUCUUCGAGACCAGGACCUGCUUUGUAGAGUACCAUCGCCAGUCCAGGGACCUGCAUGGUAACAACGUGGAAGAGGAACGCAAGCUGGGAACGGUGUACUACUAUUACCUGCCGUGCGGGGCGCUAGUGGCGGUCAACGCGGUGUGCCUCGUGAUGACGCUGUGCCGCAUCCGGGAAUUGCGCCGUGAUGCCCUGUGCCUGAAGCGGGAGCCUGGGCUGCUUCAGAGCGCGCUGCUGUACGUGAAGCUGCUGCUGACGGCGGGGGUGUUGGAGCUGGGGCUGGAGGCGACCGUGUGGGCGUUUCGCCCGCAUCUGGCGCAUAGCAAGCAGAACUUCUACCACGCGCAGCACGUGUCGUACGUGUUCUCGGCGAUCGGGAGCUUCCUGGACGUGGCGCGCGCGGGGGCGGUGCUGUGGCUGGCCGUGGGGCGGGAGCGUGCUCGAGUGGCGUGGCGCUCGCUUCGCGACCGCUUUACUCUUCGUCUCUGUCCGAAUGCCUCCUCCAACAUCGAAGUCACUCGCAGGAGCACUCCCACCACCACCACCACCACCAACAGCGUGUCCACCUCGAGCGAGACGGAGCGUCUCUAGCGCGCCUCAGACAAAGGACGGCCUUUUUACCUUUCAGGCGCUGUAAUCGUCUAGUCAUUAAACUUGCGGCUGAGAUGCCGUUGACAAGUUUAAAACGUUCUCCAUUUAUACUACGACUGUGGAACUCUGUGAAUGUGUGUCUUAACGACCAUUCGUAGAGGGCUUAACUUCUGGCACAGAGUUAGCACGUGUCGCAAUCAGAAAAUAUGCAACUGGCGAUAUGUUAACAAAAUAAUUUGAACGAUCCGAGUUUGUUUUGCGUAUAAAAAUAUAGAGUGUUUCAAUAAAAACUUUGCAAGUUUGAAAACGUGCAAAAACUCAUUCAUACAACCACAGAUUUUAGGUUGGCGCCAUCUUGAAUGGAAAUACGUGAAAUUUUGACUGUGACUUUGUAAAGUAGCGACCUCUCACUUCAAUCUGUCUGUCGCACACAAUGGUGAGGUAAACGGGAAAGGUGGGCCGAACGCUGGGAAGGAGAGGAGUGUCCUGGGGGCUGCAAGGAGAUUGUCAAUUCACCUGGAGACCGGUGGAAAGCGCAGCCUUCAGAUUGGAGGCUGCUUCUGACACUGCAGUGAUUUCGUGUGAAGCAUUCUUUCUGCAUGAGGGAAUUAAAUGAAAAAUCGCUAGAAGUUUGAUGUCAAAAAAUACAAGAAAGAGACAGUUUGAUGCGCACUUUUACAUUUCCAGAUUUCCAUCUCGUACUGACAAUGUCUUUUACAAUGUAAGCGGGAGAUGUACCCAAUAGUGGAAAGCACUUUCGUCGACCAGUUCGUAGCUGAAGUCACUAAAGUCCAAGGAGAUAUCCAGUAGCGGAUACAGCGAGCGUAAGCAGAAUGGCAAUAAACAUCUGUAAACACUCCGGAAGGCACUCGCGAAAUGAAACAAUUCUGCUUACGCCGGGGCCUGAGGCUCCGUAAGUGCUGGUGAGUGCGUCACUACAAAUUCUCGUCUAUUCGGGAGACGCCGCGUCGUUGGCUGGGAGGCCGACGUUUCGCCUGACAUGUCGCAGACUUUCUCAGGG